AUGACAACACUUUUUUAUUUGUCAAGAGGGACACGUUUGGCUCUAUCUCGGAACAGAAUAUUAGCCUCAGGGGAAUUAUUGCAAAGCUUUAAGCUUGAUCGCUACCGCGUCGUCGUCUCCGGCCUCGUGCUGUCAAAUCAGCUGGCCGUGUGUCCAUUUACGACGUUAGCCUAUCGGCCUGUCUAUUCGUGUCAGAGGUUUUCACAGAUACGUGGAUUUGUGACAGGUAGAUCAGAAACUAAAGCGAGCAGCGAAUUCGAACAGCAAGGAAAAGAAGAAUUGAAUUGUAAAAUGCUACCUGUCAAACCUUUUGAACGUCUGCCUAAGACCGUUGUACCCGUUCACUAUGACAUCACUAUUAAGCCUGAUUUGGUCAAACUCGUCUUCGAAGGGCAUGAAAGUGUCACGCUGAAAGUAGUUGAACCAGUGGACCAAAUAAUUUUGAACUCUCUGGAAUUGGAACUCGAAAACAUUAGGAUUGUUGACGAAGCUGGUCAAGAGACUAAUAUUAGCAAAGUUGUGCUUGAUGUAGAAAAUGAAAAGGCGAUAUUCAAGCUUGAUUCUGUGCUGCAGCCCGGACAGUACCAUUUGAAAUUGGGUUUCAAGGGAGCCAUUAUUGACAAACUGAAAGGUUUCUAUUGCAGCAAAUACCUCAGUGCUGAUGGAGAAGAACGGUACAGUGGGGUAACUCAGUUUGAACCCACAGAUGCCAGACGUGCUUUCCCCUGCUGGGAUGAACCGGCUGUCAAAGCUACUUUUGACAUCACCUUGGUGGUGCCCAAGGACCGUGUGGCCUUAUGCAACAUGUGGUGUUCCGAGUUGCCUUACGAAGCUGAUCCUAACCUGCACGUCGUCAAGUUUGAUCGCACACCGAUCAUGUCGACUUAUCUCGUUGCGUACGUGGUUGGUGAAUUUGACUAUGUCGAAGAACGUUCUGCUGACGGCGUUUUGGUUCGCUGUUAUACUCCAGUUGGCAAGAAAGAACAGGGUCGUUUCGGUCUCUAUGUCGCCGCGAAAGUCUUGCCGUAUUACAAAGAAUAUUUUGGAGUCGAAUAUCCCUUACCCAAAAUGGAUCUCGUUGCCGUAGCCGAUUUCGCUGCUGGUGCUAUGGAGAAUUGGGGUCUAGUGACAUACCGAGAAACUUGUCUCUUGGUUGAUGAUCAAAAUACGUCAACACAAAGACGUCAGUGGGUGGCGAUAGUCGUCGGUCACGAACUUGCCCACCAAUGGUUCGGCAAUCUUGUCACCAUGGAAUGGUGGACUCACUUGUGGCUGAAUGAAGGAUACGCCACUUUUGUCGAGUCUCUUUGUGUCGACCACCUCUUCCCCGAGUUCAAAAUCUGGACACAGUUUGUCACAGACACUUCGACACCAGCCUUGGAUCUUGACAGUUUAAAAAAUUCGCAUCCCAUCGAAGUCCCUAUCGGUCAUCCAGAAGAGAUCGAUGAGAUUUUUGACGACAUAUCAUACCACAAAGGUGCUGCCAUAAUCCGCAUGUUGCACAACUACAUUGGAGAUGACGAUUUCCGACGUGGAAUGAAAUUGUACCUGACACGACACAAGUACGGCAACACUUUCACCGAAGAUCUGUGGGCAGCAUUGAGUGAAGCCAGCAAAAAGCCGGUAGGAAGCAUUAUGUCUGGCUGGACCAAGCAGAUGGGCUUCCCAGUGAUUCGAGUGUCGGCCCGUCAAGAAGCAGACAAACGAAUCUUGCAGUUAAGUCAGCAGCGAUUCUUAGCUGAUGGCACCAAAGAUGAAAACAACACCAUGUGGAUGGUACCUAUUGAAAUCGCCACAUCACGUUCGCCCACUACGCCCAGCAAGUCGUUCGUCUUGGAAGGAGAGACGGCUGAAGUUGUCCUAGAUGAUAUUCGACCUGAUGAAUGGUUUAAGAUGAACCCAGGCCAGGUUGGCUUCUAUCGUACCUGCUAUGAACCUGAACUGUUGAAGCACUUGGUCUCGGCUAUCGACCAUCAAACUCUUCCACCCCUCGAUCGUCUCGGUCUAUUGGAUGAUCUUUUCGCAUUAGUUCAAGCCGGCCAUUCGUCUACGGUCGAAGCGCUGACACUGUUGGAAGCGUUUGCCAACGAAGACCAGUACACUGUCUGGAACCGUGUCUGCAGUGCAUUGAGCAAAUUGUCGCACUUGCUGGCCUACACUGAACAUCACGAACUGUUGAAAAGUUUUGGUCGUCAAUUGCUGGGCGGUAUGACCCGUAAACUUGGCUGGGAAUCAAAGCCCGACGAGGAACACUUGACGAAGCUCUUGCGCAGUUUACUUUUGGGCAGGAUGGCCAUGUUUGACGAUCCGGAAGUGAUCGCCGAAGCUGAGCGCCGUUUCCAGUUGCAUAUUAAGGGAGAAGAGCAAAUUCCAGCCGAUUUCCGUUCGACUGUCUAUAAAGCUGUUUUACGAACGGGCAGCCGAUCCAAGUAUGAAGAUCUCUUGCGAAUUUAUCGUGAGGCGAGUCUACACGAAGAAAAGGAUCGUGUUGCUAGCGCAUUGGGCACAAUCAAGAACGAAGAAAUCCUCAAAGAAGUGCUCGCGUUUGCCAUGUCGAAUGAAGUGAGAUCACAAGACACAGUCUUUGUCAUCUCUUCAGUAGCGUCCAGUAAACUUGGCCGGGACUUGGCCUGGAACUAUUUCAAGGACAACUGGGAUCUCUUCAACGAGCGUUUUAAAGGUGCCUUCCUUUUGGUGCGGCUCGUCAAAUCUUUGACGGAGAAUUUCGCUUCUGAAGAAAAGGCCAUUGAAAUUGAAAACUUUUUCAAGGAGCAUCAUUGUGUCGGAACUGAGCGUACUGUCCAGCAGAGCGUUGAAUCAGUACGCCUGAACGCAGCUUGGCUUGGCCGUGAUGCUGAAGCCGUUGGCAUUUACUUGACGAGCAAAACAAAUGCUGCUGCAGUCGAAUAGAUUUUGAAUAGGACGAACCCUUUUUUCGGUGUAUUUGCCCUCCCUCCUUUGUGUUUAUCACUGGAGCUAACAACAAAAAAACAAAAAGAGAACUACAACCAGUCAACCCGUUGAUUAUUGAUCCUCUCGUUUUUUUUUUUCUUUCUUAUCCAUUUCUUGAAUUGGUUUCAGUUAUUCAUUUUUGUUGUCAUUGAAAUUUCUUUUUGUAUUUUCAUUCACACUGCUGGAGGUGCUGUGAUUUUUAUUGCGGUCCAUCUCCAUCCCUCAUCAAAGUGAAAGAAAAACGACAAAAACAAACCAAUGCUCGAAAAUACAAUUUAGUUUUUUUUUUU